AUGCAGCUGAUAGGGGAGAUGCCAAAGAUAGCAUGGAAGGGACUAAUGUAUCAAAACCAGGCUAGACCAAAAGCAGUAUUUAUACUGUGGUUACUGAUGCAUGGAAGACUCCAAACUGCUGAUAGGCUGAAGAAAUGGAAGAUUCAAGUAGAUGACCUAUGCUGUUUUUGUAAACAAGCUUUAAAAACAAAAGAACAUAUGUUUGCAGAAUGUGCAUAUGGCAGAGAUUUGUGGAGCAGGCUCAUGCAAUGGAUUCAAAUGCAAGUUAGCUUAUCUUCAUGGACAGAAUGGCAGCAAUGGAUAAUACAGAAGACAAAGGGAAGAUCGCAAAUGGCUAGAAUACUCAAAAUGGUAGUUGCAGAAUACGUUUAUACUUUGUGGAUAGAAAGAAAUGCAAGAGUCUUUGAAAAAACAGCUACAACAUGGGACAUUCUUGCAAAGAAUGUGACCUGUGUUUGUAGUAUGAGAGCUGAGGGGUAUACUAAAGUUUUGUUAGCAAAAUGUAAUUACUAA